CACACACAAGACACACUGGAGCUGAACUUUCUCCUAAUGAACGUUCCCCUACCCAGGUCUUCCGGUCUCUGAGAGCAGCGCCGGACUUUGGACCCAUAGGAGGAGCAGUUUGCAAAGGCCUGGGGCUGAUCCUCCAGCUUUCGGCGGGAGAGAAGGUAGUGGAGGGGCCUGGCGGCACCCUUCCGAGGGCACCCCGAUGCUGCGCACCCUGGCGAGCGCCCUGCGCCCGCCGCGCCGCUGGAGGCCCCUGGAGAAGACUCGCGGCUGCGCCUCCAGCCCUGCGGAUGCGGGUCGCGAGAUCCAAGUGCGCGCUCUGGCGGGUCUCGACCAAGGAAUCACUGAGAUUCUGAUGAACAGACCGAGCGCCCGAAAUGCCCUGGGGAACGUCUUUGUCAGCCAGCUGCUGGAAGCCCUGGCCCAGCUGCGGGAGGACCGGCACGUGCGCGUCCUCAUCUUCAGAAGUGGAGUGAAGGGUGUAUUCUGCGCAGGUGCAGACCUGAAGGAGCGGGAGCAGAUGAGUGAGGCGGAGGUGGGGGUCUUUGUGCAGCGGCUCCGAGGCCUGAUGAAUGAGAUUGCAGCCUUCCCUGCGCCCACCAUCGCAGCUAUGGAUGGGUUUGCCUUGGGCGGAGGCCUGGAACUUGCCCUGGCCUGUGACCUCCGAGUGGCAGCAGCUUCCUCAGCUGUCAUGGGGCUGAUCGAGACCACCCGAGGGCUCCUCCCGGGAGCAGGGGGCACUCAGAGGCUGCCUCGAUGCCUGGGCGUGGCCCUGGCGAAGGAGCUCAUCUUCACAGGCCGACGACUGAGUGGGAUGCAGGCCCAGGCUCUGGGGCUGGUGAACCAUGCUGUGGCCCAGAACGAGGAGGGCAACGCCGCCUACCACCGGGCUCUAGCACUGGCCCAGGAGAUCCUGCCCCAGGCUCCCAUUGCUGUGCGGCUGGGCAAACUAGCUAUUGACCGAGGAAUAGAGGUGGACAUUGCAUCAGGGAUGGCCAUUGAAGGGAUAUGCUAUGCCCAGAACAUCCCGACCCGAGAUCGCCUGGAAGGCAUGGCAGCCUUCAGGGAGAAGCGGACCCCCAAAUUUGUUGGUGAAUGACUCCCAUUUAACCUUAAGCAUGGGAGAUGCAUGCCUUACAGGGAAGAACCCAGAAGGAAAAUCUGCAGCACAACUGCCCUCAUCACUUCAUUUCUGUGGGCUUCAGUUUCCUCACAAAGAUGAGGAUGGAUAUAAAAUGAGUGGCCUGAUGCCUGGAACUAAGGUGCUUACCAUGCCACCCACUGCUAACGUCAUUAUCCUUCACCCAGGCUAGAUAAUCACUACAGCACAGUCUGCUUUGAAUACCUCUGAGAGAACUAUAAACUAAGGGUAAAAUAGGCCCCUUUAUAUUGCUUUAUAAGCCUGACCUCUGCGUCUCAGUUACCAGGUGCUCACCUGAGAUGCCAAGAAGCUGUCAGAUGCCCCCCCCCCCCCCCCCCCGCAGCUGCCCUGUUCGUUCCUUCUUCUUUUGUGCAACGGAGAUGAAACGGAAAUCCUGAUAGGAUUGAAUAGGCCCAUCUCUCUGCCAGUUUCUCUUUUGUGUGCCUUGCUUUCCUCGUCUAUACUGAAACUAUUGUAAGGAUUACAAAUAAUAAUAAAAUGCUUCAUGUUCGGUAAA